UUCCCUGAGAAUGUUUAAAUUCAGCUCCCGAGAAUUAGAGACUUUCCCCCUGCAGCAAAAAAAGGUCAAUUAGAAUCAUCGGGCCAGUGGAUUUCGUUUCUUUAAAAAUUUUCAAUAUCCCGCUUUGCUUUCAAGUUUGGGAGGCACAUAACACACCGAGAGGAGAGGCAGCGUUUAUGAGGAAGAAAGUUUCGUUUUCUGCCUGCCUCUGCGCAACCCGGGUGCUCACCUCUCCAGCGGAGGUCCCUCUACGGCCCCUCCUUCUCCCAUCUCUUCCCUCCCCCCGCCUGUGACGCUAAGGUUGUAUUCAGCCCCGCACCUCUUUUCUCCUUUGAGGCUUCCGAGUGCCUGGCCCGUCGGAGCAAGCUGCCGAGCCGGCGCUGGGCAGGGCAGGGCUGGGCGAGGGCACGCUGGUGCUCCCACCCCCCUCCCCGGCCGCAGCCCAGCCGUGGAGAUGGAGCUUCGGGCGAUGGCGGCGAAACGCAGUUGUCAUAGACUUCGGGGCUGGUGGAGCUGCCCGUCCGCUCGGUGGCGCUUGGGGCCGACUCCCCAGAAGGCCUUCCCACCCUCGUCCCUCGGAGGAACCCGGCGGCACUGUGCCCACAUCGUGCGGGGAGGGGGUCGUCUCUCGGAGGGAUUGGGACUCCAGUGGCAUGAUUCCAGUUUAAACCUUAAGUCUCCUUGGAGUGGGUGGUUGGGGCGUUUUAGGAGACGGGGGGCCUAAGCUGUUGGGACGUCCCCCAAAUCGGGGUCUCUAACUACCUGUGACAGCGUCUUUUGGAGGGUGGGGGAAGGCGCUGUAGGUGAAAGAGGGGGGCCCCUUGGGUUCGAAUCCCGGUUCCCAGCUCUGCCAGUCUCAGGUGUGUGCAUGGCGAGGGCGACUGAUGGAAGGCGUGAUGGGGGCCCUUGGCCUCGCAGGUUCGCGGCUGUCAGCGAGAGGCAGCCCACACGGCUCCCCUCCUAGCCCCCCGCAGCGUGGGUCUCGGUGCGGCGCCCUGCCGGGUGCGGGGCGGAGCUAGGCUGAGACUGGCUGGGGGCCGCCCCGCCCGGCGCCGGGGCCUUCGCGCCGGCCCCCGGGGAGGAGUUAUGAUAAUUUCCUUGCCGUUAAGGCGCCCCGAUCCCCCGGCUAUCGCCGGGACACACAGUGCGGGCGCGGCUUCCCGGGUCCCCAGCACUGUACCCGCGGCGGCAGCAUCUACAAUCGCAGAGCCUCCGAUGCGCGUCCAGUGACCUGGACAGCUAGGCCCGCGCGCGGCGGGGGCGGCGGCAGACGCCUGGCCACCGUGACCCCGAUUUUGGAUUUACCGCUCGGGGGGUGGGGGGAACCUGGAUUUAACUGGCGACUGUUGUGGGGGACGCCGGACGCCAUGUUGUGGAAAAUAACCGAUAAUGUCAAGUAUGAAGAGGACUGCGAGGAUCGCCACGACGCGAGCAGCAAUGGGAACCCGCGCCUCCCUCACCUCUCCUCCGCCGGGCAGCAUCUCUACAGCCCCGCGCCGCCCCUCUCCCAUACCGGAGUCGCCGAAUACCAGCCGCCACCCUACUUCCCGCCUCCCUACCAGCAGCUGGCUUAUUCGCAGUCAGCCGACCCCUACUCGCAUCUGGGAGAAGCGUACGCCGCCGCCAUCAACCCCCUGCACCAGCCGGCGCCCGCCGGCAGCCAGCAGCAGGUCUGGCCGGGCCGCCAGAGCCAGGAGGGGGCUGGCCUACCCGCGCACCACGCGCGCCCGGCCGGCCUGUUGCCUCACCUCUCCGGGCUGGACGGCGGCGCCGUGAGCGCCCGCAGGGAUGCCUACCGCCGCUCCGACCUGCUGCUGCCCCACUCGCACGCCCUGGACGCCGCGGGCCUGGCCGAAAACCUGGGGCUGCACGACAUGGCGCACCAGAUGGAGGAGGUGCAGAAUGUCGACGACCAGCACCUCCUUCUGCAUGAUCAGACAGUUAUUCGCAAAGGUCCGAUUUCAAUGACCAAGAACUCCUUGAGUCUCCCUUGUCAGAAGGAGCUGGUGGGGGCUGUGAUGAAUCCCAGUGAGGUCUUCUGCUCGGUCCCUGGGAGACUGUCCCUCCUCAGCUCUACAUCUAAAUACAAAGUGACAGUUGCUGAAGUCCAGAGGCGACUUUCCCCUCCUGAGUGCUUAAAUGCCUCCUUGCUGGGAGGUGUCCUCAGAAGAGCCAAAUCUAAAAAUGGUGGCCGGUCCUUACGGGAGAAGUUGGACAAGAUUGGGUUGAAUCUUCCAGCUGGGAGACGGAAAGCUGCUCACGUCACCCUCCUGACAUCUUUAGUAGAAGGGGAGGCUGUUCACUUGGCUCGGGACUUUGCCUAUGUCUGCGAAGCAGAAUUUCCCAGUAAAUCCGUGGCCGAGUAUUUAACCAGACCUCAUCUCGGAGGCCGGAAUGAGAUGGCAGCUAGGAAGAACAUGCUGCUGGCCGCACAGCAAGUGUGUAAAGAAUUCACAGACCUUCUCAAUCAAGACCGAACUCCCAACGGGAACAACCGGCCCACCCCGGUCCUGGAGACCAACAUCCAGAACUGCUUGUCGCAUUUCAGCCUGAUUACCCACGGGUUUGGCAGCCAGGCCAUCUGUGCCGCUGUGUCUGCCGUGCAGAACUACAUAAAAGAAGCCCUGAUAGUCAUAGACAAAUCCUACAUGAAUCCUGGAGAUCAAAGUCCCGCUGAUUCCAGCAAAACCCUGGAGAAGAUGGAGAAGCACAGGAAGUAGAACGGGGACGGGCAAAGGGCCAACGAGUCUGGAAGGAAAGGGACUCCAAAACUGGUCUCGACCAGGACAGACUGGGAAACCCCACUUACCUGGGGGACAGAGCUUCUUAUUAUCCACCUUCCCGUGAAAAAGGCCUCCGUCGAUUUCCAGAUCUUCACAUGCCCUCCUGGGCUCCUUAGUAUGUAAGGGGUGCUGAAGUGUCUCCUUAAUUCUGGACGAGCUAGCGGAAAGUGACGAGUGCUGGUUCUUUACCCAUCAAGGUUAUCUUUCAUUUUUUGGAACCCCAUUCUUCGUUCCUCUGAAAGUGGUGCUACAAGUUUUCGAACCUUUUAAAUAAAUUCCCAGGGCUAACAACCCCUGCCGCCUGCCGCCCCCCACCCCCACCGCCCCUGCCCGGCCACACACACACACACACACACACACACACACACUCAGCUGUUGAAAUGUCAAAUCGAUGUGAUUCAGAUCAACAAUAACUUGCAGUGUUACGGUAAAAGUAUCUGUGUAGCUUCUUCAGUCUCAUCCUACAAACCGUAGGAGGUGAGCAUUCUGUCUGCUUAGCAACUGGUUCAUAGGUGGUAUUUGACAGACUUUAAACCCCUUGUGCACAGGGGCCCUUCGGGUUUUACGAAACUUGUAGAAACAAAGCCUGCUGAUUGAUGAUUUUUAUGUUUUUCUUUAAAACAAACAAAAAAACUUUGGAAGUUAACUCUUCAAAUAGGAGACUCUUUGAAAUGACAUGUUCCUUGAAGGUACGGAAGCUUUAUUUUGCAUAUUUAUUUCACAUCUUGAUGUUUCGAGGAAACUUGAAAAGGGUAGGCAUGAAGCAUUUUUUUUGCUGUCAUCCCGAGUCCCAGAGGAGGUUCUGUAUUUUGAGAAGCUGUGUUGACUGUACAGAUUUUAUUUAUGCAUAAUUUAAUGGGGUCUGUAAAUACGGGUGCACUUCUUAUGACUUUUUGAGAAACGGGAUUCAAUUUUAAUAUUAACUUUUAAAGGUGACGGGGUAAUCUAAGACACAUCUUUAGGUUUUAUUCAUAUGUACACAGAGUAUUAAGAGUUAAGAGGACCCUGAGCUCUGUUCUCGACUCUGAAAGACUAUUUAAUUGAAGCUCUCUGUUCACAAAGCAAUAACUUUGCCUCAUUCUUGUCGGGCUGACCCUGAAGAUGAGUGUGAGGUACAGUGUGUGUGGGUGAAAAUGGGAGUUUUAGAAUCGAACUCCUUGCCUGUAAAUGUUCCCUAAAUGUUGUGUAUAUGAAACCUGUAUAAUAAAAAGUAUUCUCGAUAGAAG